AUGGCGACCAAAGCAGCCAACAUGACUGCCUUUGGCGGGGCGCAUACCGCGGGCAUCUUCUCCGACAUGACAGUUGACGGGCCUGUGAUAGGUACCCUGGUGGUAAUCAUGGACCGCGCGAGGAACUUGCCCAACAAGAGGACCAUGGGGAAGCAGGACCCGUAUUGCGCAGCUCGACUAGGCAAGGAAGCGAAGAAAACAAAGACAGACAAGCGUGGAGGUCAGACACCAAAAUGGGACCAAGAGUUACGCUUCACUGUCCACGACUCGCCCGACUACCAGCGCCUCAAAGUCUCCGUUUUCAACGACGACAAGAAGACGGAGCUGAUUGGCGAGACAUGGGCCAAUCUCGAGGCUGUGAUUACGCCGGGCGGGGGCCAGAGCGACGACUGGCAUGGCCUUACUUGCAAGGGCAAAUACGCUGGAGAGAUCCGCAUAGAAUCCACCUACUAUGACACACGCCCCAAGGCAGAGAAGCCGGCCCCGGAGAAGAGACGGGAAUCACUUCGACCGGAUGGCCAGGGCGCAGCCGUUGGCGGACCGCGUGAAAGUACGCCAGUCAAGCGAAGGCCGCUUCCUACCGACCCAACGGGCGCGUCUCCGUCGCCAGUCAACACACCAGAACAUCGAGGCUUGCGUGGAGUGAGGGCUGGUCCUCGAGAGUUGGGCUCCCCCCGGCACCAACAACAGAAUGAGCAGACGCUGCAGCAGAAGAGUCAACCGGACACGCCGUCCCGUCGGCCUGUACCAGAUGCAUCUCCGCUGAACGGCACACCCAUGUCAAAUCAGAACACGCCCCAGCGCCCGCCAAUGCCCCAGAAUGCAUACAGCACUCCCCCAAAUCCACGCUCGUCAAACCCUAGGGUCGAUUUAACCAGAGAGGAGAGCUUCGAUAUGUCGUACGCAGCACCCAAGCCUUAUCAAUUACAAGCUAUCGAUCCACUACCUCAACAAGUGAGGGAUCCGGGUCUUCGAACAAUGUCCCAGGAUGAAUUUCGAGCUACUCGAGGCAUCUCCCAGCAGCCACCACCGCCUGCCGAACCUAUCCACUCGCACUCUGCUCCAAUGGUUCCGACCCAGCACAGCUAUGAACAAGAAGCGCAGCAAGAGCACUACGACUAUCAGGACAACGGAUACACUAACGAUCGCUCUCCGUCGUACCCUCAGGACCCAUAUCAAGACCCGGCUUAUCAGGUUGCACCCUUGCGCACCAUCCAAAGCCGCGACUACAUCCAAGAGCAAAUCUCCUCCUCUGAACUUUACUAUCAAAAUCGCUACAUCGAGGCGCCCCCGCAGCAUGAUCUGGGUUCUGCCCGAAGGAGAAGUGCCAUGCAGCCAAUGGUAGAAGACGAGGGGAGUGCUAUGCAGCCUAUGGUGGUAGACGAGGACCUUCCACCCCCACCACCGGUCCAUAGGAGAAAUGCAAGCACUCUGCCCCAUCCCCAGCAACAGGAACCACCUAGCUAUGUUAACGAGACUCCUGCGCCUUUAAACUUUUCGCGAUACCGGGAGGAAGCCGGUCAGAUUGGUUACGAUGCGCCGCUUCAAUCAUACGGGUCCAUUGACUAUGGCCGUCCACAACCGUCAGAGCGAAGAAUGACCCUUCCUCGCUCUGCAGAGCUAUCAUCGAGUCGACCAGUAUCCCGGGAUACAAUGGCCCCCUCGCCUUUGAGACAAGAGACAUCAGCUUUGCCAUUGAGCCUAGUCCCUGGACUCAAUCCUGCCCGACAAGAAAGGGACUCUAUGGUCUACCAAGCGCCGCCGGCUUACGAGACCCCACCCCGUCUACGUCACUAUUCGGAGCCUGCGGAAUAUCGAGCAAUUACUGAGUACGAAACUCCUGUUCAGUCACAGGAAUUAGUACAUCAUCAGUCGUUUCCAUCAGCCAACUCACCCUACGACUAUCCACAUGACCCUCCAGAACAACCUCGACGUACUUCACCCUUCUAUGACCCCACACCCCUUGUCAAGCCUCGAGCUACAAGUCCAGGGGUGAGCCCUGGGGCAAGUCCCCGAUACUCACCAAACCCGGCGAGCGAGCGCACGGCUAGAGGACCUGUGCGAAGUAUGCCAACUCGGAAAUCUGUCUCGCCUCGACCGCCUCCACCCACUGAAGACUAUGGCGAGCGAAGGAUGUCUGGAGUGGCGUUCAACCCAGAUAGCUAUGACGUGUACAAUCCCAGAGCGUCAACGUCGCCGGCUCCAGGAGUAUCCGAAGACGAGCGACCGGGCAGCCGCAUGGAAUACAAUGACAAGGGCCAGAUCGUUACGUUUAGUGGACGUGUCGUCGAUGCCUCUGACCAUCUUCCAAUCGACAAUUGGGCGCCCGAACCCACGCCAAAGGGCACAGUAAAAGAGAAAACGGUGCGGUCAAGGGCGCAGUUGAAUGGUAGCAGAGACCUCGAGGCUGCAAGACAACGCGAGGAGAGAUAUCAGCGGGAACGUGUAGAGAGAGACCGUUUAAGACGCGCGGCGAGCACGACGUUUGAUCUACCUAGUAGCGCGUUGGUUACGGCGAGACACGAUUUCAGCGCCCAUACUUCGUCUGCGAACUCCAGCGCAUUGGUGCUUGCGGACUACGACGCGACGCAGCCAGGCUCAGCAGAUCGCAGCAGGCUACAACAGCGCACCCACCAACAACGUCCCAUGUCAUCAUACGACUCUUCGCCUUCCCUCCCUAUGUCCGACACUCACAUUCUCCGCGAACGCCCAGUUCCAAACAGCUAUGGCAGCAGUCCAGGUUAUGAGCGAGGCGGAGGAGGUGGGUACGGUGGGAGAGCGCCACCGAUCCCAGCAAAGAUACCGCUUGAGACGGGACGCCCAGUACAGAAUGAAGAUAUGGCACUUAGUCUGGAGUUACAAAGCAUCGACAUUGGGCCUGGCAGCGGAGGAAGGAGGCCGAGGGCGCAGUCUAGGCGGCAGUAUGGAUUCUAA